AGGCGCACCGUGCCACAGCCAGGACCACUAGGAGCCUCUGCAAGCGCAACAACAGCCAACACGCCGAGCAGUGUUUUUCCUUUUAUUUCUGUUUCACUGAGGGCCAGUGUGCUGGGGGGGAAGCAGGGCUAUGACAUGCGAGUAGAGAACCGUAGGGUUUGUGAGUGUUAACGCAGGCGGAUCCUUGUUUUAUUCCCCAAGAUGAAUAAAGACGCGAAGAGCCUGCGACAGCUCGCCGUGCCUCUGCUCCUCUUCGCCCUGUGCGUCGCGGUGCAGCGAUCCGACUCCGCGGCUUGCCACGGAUGUGUGGGAUCCAAAUGCGACUGCAGUGGAGUUAAAGGAGCCAAGGGUGAACGGGGUUUCCCAGGUCUCACUGGACAGCCAGGAGUCCCAGGAUUCCCUGGACCUGAAGGGCCCAUCGGACCUAGAGGAGAGAAGGGCAGUGAUGGACCUUCGGGACCAUCUGGUCCAAAAGGAAUAAGAGGGCCUCCUGGAUUGCCAGGAUUUCCAGGAACACCAGGACUUCCAGGUCUGCCCGGGCAGGACGGACCUCCAGGCCCGAGAGGAGUGCCGGGUUGCAACGGUACAAAGGGCGAGAGGGGUUUCCCAGGAAAUUCAGGAAUCAUCGGACAGCCAGGACGGCCGGGUCCACCUGGUCUGCCAGGACCAAAGGGAGACCCCGGCGACGUGAUCUCCACCAACCGUUUUGGAGAGAAAGGAGCAGUCGGGCUGCCCGGAUUGCCGGGAGUUCCUGGCAGUCCCGGAAACCCUGGUUCGCCAGGUCCACUGGGCCCUCCAGGACCAAGAGGCUACGAGGGUCGUCCAGGUAGUCCCGGUCCUCCUGGACCAAAGGGAAACAUGGGAUUGAACUUCCAAGGACCCAAAGGAGAGAAGGGUGAACCAGGUUUGCCAGGACCUCCUGGACCUCCGGGACAAGUUGGAGAACAGAAGAGACCACCUGAGACAGAAAUUCAGAGAGGAGACAAGGGCGACCCCGGACUUCCAGGUCCCCGAGGUGAUCCAGGCUAUCCAGGACCUCCUGGUCCCUCAGGUGGCCAGAAAGGAGAAAAGGGAGAACCAGGAGAAUCAGGCAAACGAGGCAAACCAGGCAAAGACGGCGACCCUGGCUCUCCAGGCUUCCCCGGAGUCAAAGGAGAACCAGGCCUUCCAGGUCCUCCAGGCAGGGAUGGAGAGAGAGGUAUAAAAGGUGAACGUGGAUACCCAGGCCCACCAGGAGUGGCGAUUGGCGGGCUGCCGGGAGGUCGGGUCGGUCCUAAAGGUGAGCCCGGGUACCCCGGAGCGCCUGGACUUAAAGGAGAGAGAGGACCAGCAGGUUUAACAGGACCUCCAGGAGUGCCAGGACUUCCUGCUAGCGGUGGUGGUGGACUGCCUGGACCACCAGGCUUCCCAGGAGACAGAGGUCAGAAGGGAGAGAUCGGCACUCCAGGGCUGUCUUUGCCUGGUCCACCAGGACGUUCGGGGUCUCCUGGUCUCCAGGGUCCACCGGGACUCCCUGGUCCUCCAGGCUUUUCCACAGGACAAAACUGCGUCCCUGGAGAGCCUGGGCUUCCUGGUGUUCAGGGAGAGACAGGUUACCCGGGAGAGACAGGCCAGAAAGGUGAGAAGGGUGAAACCUGUGUGAACUGCUUUGGUGGCACCAGUCCCAUCCCAGGACCCCCAGGACCUCCAGGACAGCCCGGAUUCCCCGGAUCUCCUGGCUCUCCGGGUAUCAAAGGAGAUAGAGGAAUUCCAGGAACACCUGGUGGCAGUGGAGCCCCUGGUAGCCCUGGUCCUCAAGGUGCUCCAGGGUUCCCCGGGGAGAAGGGAGACCCAGGCGAUGCCAUCACAGUGAGUGGGGUCAGGGGAGAGAAGGGUGACACCGGCUUCCCUGGGCCACCUGGUCUGCCAGGUCUAGAUGGUCGACCUGGUCGUGAUGGUCAGCCUGGACCUUCUGGACCCAAAGGAGCUCCUGGCUCGCUGCAAGUGAAAGGAGAACGAGGCCCCCCCGGUGAGCCGGGUGCCUCAGGAAUUCCAGGAGACAGGGGUCCUCCAGGAAGCCCUGGCUUUGGACCUCAGGGACCUCCAGGAGAGAAAGGUGUCCAGGGUGUCUCAGGAAGACCUGGAGGUCCCGGCGCACCCGGUGCCAAAGGUGAACCAGGCCUGUCGGUGGCUGAGAAAGGCUUACCAGGACCCAGAGGACAGGAUGGCGAACCAGGACUGCCUGGCUCACCAGGUAGCCCAGGUCAGCCUGGACAGAAUGGAUUCCCUGGUUUACCAGGAGCAAAGGGAGAACCCGGUCUCCCAGGCAUUGGACUCCCAGGACCACCAGGAGCUAAAGGAUUCCCAGGUAUCCCCGGCCAGUCAGGAGCUCCUGGAGGACCAGGCAGACCGGGAGUAGACGGACUCCCCGGCCAGCCUGGAUUACCUGGAACCAAGGGUGAACCAGGCUUUGGCCUUCCUGGCCCCCCAGGUUUGCCAGGAGUACCUGGAGGUAAAGGGUUCCCAGGACCUAAGGGAGAUCCUGGUUUCCCUGGCACCCCUGGUUCACCUGGACGAUCUGGAUUUGAUGGCUCUCCAGGAGCUAAAGGUGAUCCCGGUACACCCGGUAUACCUGGAGCUCGUGGCCCACCUGGACUCCCCACCGUCGGCUCCUUGGGACCACCUGGCGCACCUGGAUCCCCUGGCCCAAUGGGACCACCAGGAUUCCCAGGAUCAAAUGGAGAGAAGGGAGACCCUGGCCCUCCAGGUCUAGACAUUCCAGGUCUGCCUGGAGACAGAGGAAGUCCUGGUUUCCCAGGUUCCCCAGGAGCAGUCGGAACCCCAGGACCUCCUGGAGGACCUGGACGGGAUGGCCUGCCUGGACUGCCAGGUCAGAAAGGAGACAUGGGUCCCAUGGGACCCCCCGGACCCUCUGGAGGACCAGGAGGCCCAGGAGGGCCUGGUGCUCCUGGACUUAAAGGUGAGUCUGGAUUCCCAGGUAGAAACGGCGCCCCCGGUAUUCCUGGUGGUAAAGGAGAGAGAGGCGACCCUGGCGUCCAGGGACCCCCAGGGCCCAGCCUGCCACCGUCGGUCACAAAGGGAGCCAAAGGAGAUCCUGGACUACCAGGUGCACCAGGUCUUCCAGGUCAGAAAGGCAUCCCUGGUCUCUCCGGUGACCCUGGACUGUCAGGAUCAGAUGGACGCCCUGGACUACCCGGACCACCAGGUCCCAAGGGAGAUCCUGGCAUCCCAGGAGGUCCAGGUGGCCCUGGAGCACCAGGACUGAAAGGCAGCAUGGGUGAAAUGGGAUUUCCCGGACCAUCAGGGCAGAAGGGUCUACCAGGUCAGCCAGGUAGACCUGGAUCCCCAGGACAGCCAGGAUCAUCUGGUUUCCCUGGAGCCAAAGGUGAACCAGGCUCAGCUGGAGUUGGACCACCCGGACCAGCCGGAAUCAAGGGUGAACCUGGCCAGCCAGGAUUCCCAGGAAGUCCAGGACUUAAGGGAGGACCAGGAUCACCCGGUCUUCCAGGUUUACCAGGAGGGCCAGGCGCCAAAGGCGACCCCGGUCUCCCAGGAUUCCAAGGUUCUCCUGGUAUCCCUGGUCCUAAGGGUCUUGACGGCGGGCCCGGCGCCUCAGGUCUCACUGGAGCUCCCGGUAGACCAGGAGAGCCUGGCCGACCAGGAGCUCCAGGGCUGCCAGGAGAAAAGGGUCAGGCAGGUCGGGACGGGAUCCCAGGACCAGCUGGAGUCAAAGGAGAGCCAGGGCUUCCUGGUUACGGUGGUCCCGGCCCAACUGGGCUUCCAGGGUUGCCAGGUGCAAAGGGAGACCCUGGGCUUCCCGGCCCAAGUGGCAGUCCUGGUUUCCCCGGUGCUAAAGGAGAAGCUGGUUUCCCUGGUGCCCCUGGUCCUGCAGGUAGCAGCGGCCCUCCUGGGCCUCCAGGACUGGCUCUGCAGGGCCCCAAAGGACUCCAAGGACCACCUGGGCCGCCUGGAAGAGCAGGUCCAUCUGGCCCAGAGGGUCCCCGUGGGCCCCCAGGAAGUGGUGGGGUUAAGGGAGAGAAGGGUAUUCCUGGCUCUCCUGGCCAGCCGGGCUUCCCUGGACAGAAGGGAGAGCUUGGUGUUCCCGGAUUCCCGGGUCCCCCUGGUCUUCCCGGUGGUCCUGGUGUGAAAGGAGAUAUUGGUCUGCCUGGUGUCCCCGGAUUCCCUGGACCAAAGGGAGACCCAGGAUCCCCUGGGGGCAGUGGCCUUCCUGGAGAUCCUGGAGAUGUUGGACCCACUGGCCCUCCUGGGGACCCCGGUGUACCUCCAGCUCCCAUCGUGGUAAAGGGAGAGCGAGGACCCCCUGGUCCUCAGGGCCAGCCUGGUGCUCGGGGACCUCCUGGUUCUCCUGGGCGAGAGGGACUUCCAGGUCAAUCUGGUGACCCUGGAGAUUCUGGCCUGGAGGGUCCUCCUGGCUUCAGCGGCCCACCUGGCAGAAAGGGAGACAACGGACCCGCCGGUCAGCCUGGUCAGCGUGGCUACCCUGGUCCCCCUGGUUCAGACGGUCCACAGGGUCCUCCUGGUCUACCAGGAUCAGUGUCUGCAGCCCAUGGCUUCCUCAUCACCCGACACAGCCAGGGUCAGGAUGUGCCCUACUGUCCUGAUGGAACUAACCUCAUCUAUGAUGGCUACUCCCUGCUGUAUGUGCAGGGCAAUGAGAGGGCACACGGACAGGACCUUGGCUCAGCCGGCAGCUGUCUGCGCAGGUUCAGCACCAUGCCCUUCAUGUUCUGCAACAUUAACAACGUCUGCAACUUCGCCUCCCGCAAUGACUACUCCUACUGGCUGUCCACGCCUGAGCCCAUGCCCAUGUCCAUGGCCCCCAUCACUGGAGAGAGCAUCAAGCCUUACAUCAGCAGGUGUGCAGUGUGUGAAGCUCCAGCCAUGGUGAUUGCAGUCCACAGUCAGACCAUCCAGAUUCCCAAUUGCCCGUCGAAUUGGGAAUCUCUGUGGAUAGGAUACUCCUUCAUGAUGCACACUAGUGCAGGUGCAGAGGGUUCUGGUCAGGCCCUGGCCUCCCCCGGUUCCUGCCUGGAGGAGUUCCGCAGCGCUCCCUUCAUAGAGUGCCAUGGCAGAGGGACGUGCAACUACUACGGCAACUCCUACAGCUUCUGGCUGGCCACUGUAGAACCCAGUGAGAUGUUCAGGAAGCCCCAGUCGGAGACUCUCAAGGCGGGUAACCUACGGACGCGCGUCAGCCGUUGCGUAGUCUGCAUGAAGAGGACGUAACGGCACACGGCAAACCCACCGUUGCCGGGGACGCCUGCUCAAUAACAAGAGAUGAUUGGAUGACGGGGGACAAGUAGUGGGGUGGUGGUCACAGCGACGGAUAGGCCGUCGUCGUGGCGACAAGGUGGAAUUCCAAUGGUGCAUUGUCUUCCGGAAAAAAAAAAAACUUCGAAUAAAACAAUGGUGCUAC